GUGAACAUAGACAACUGAUGUAAAGAAACACGCCCAAUGUUUCUACCCUCGCUGGGAAUCGAACGCAGACCCUCGCCGUGUGAAGCAAGAACUUUAGUGACCAGGCCACGGGGCACUGUAGUGCCCAGUAGUUGCAAGUGAUGCGUGAAACUUAUAUAUAAACUUGUGUCCUCACAUCCAAUAAAUAACCAUGCAACCAAUCGUCUGUAGACGAUGAAGAAAUAAGAGUAUAAUGUUUUACUAAAUAAAUCCCAAAUAACUUAAGGUUAAAAUUUUUGCAUGACCAUUGAAAUGACAGCUCCUAAAACAAGACAGGUAAUCUACACGCUACUGUAAUUCUUACAUAGAUUAGGAAGAAUGGCAAAUCAUGCAAAUGCCAUGAACAAGGUGAAGAUUCUUGUGGUUGGAGACUCGGGAGUGGGUAAAUCAUCUUUAGUUCACUUAAUAUGCCAUGGACAGUGCCUCAGCAAUUCCUCUUGGACAAUUGGAUGCAGUGUGGAGGUUCGUGUUCACGAGUAUCGCGAAGGAACGCCAAGUCAGCGACCUUAUUUUGUGGAACUCUGGGAUGUGGGUGGCAGCAACUCUCAUAAAAAUGCUCGGCAUGUCUUCUACAAUCCUGUCCAUGGAAUCAUUCUUGUACAUGAUCUGACCAAUCGGAAAUCACAGCAAAAUCUUCGCCGUUGGUUGUCUGAAAUUCUGCUUCGAGAAGGGGGCGGGACGAAAUCCCGUAUUCCACUGGUAGAUGACUUUGAUGCAGAGCAAUUUGGAGGGUUUUCUCAGGUAUAUGGAAUGAAAAAGCUGCCAGUAUUUGUUGUUGGAACCAAACAAGAGCAGGUUGCUGAGUUUCGCACAUCUGGGAGAGUGCGUAGCUCCUCUAUUGCUGAUGAAUGUGCUGCUGAUGAGAUUACUGUUAACACACUAGAUCAACGUUCUCUAGCACCAGGUUCCAGCAAUGCAGUCAGACUAUCUCGUUUUUUUGAUAAAGUAAUUGAAAGGCAGCAGACAACCACCUCAAGGACAGAUGGAGGAUUUUCUUACCUUGAAAGAGAAAAUCCUAUGUUCAGAAGAAACAAAGCCACAUCUUCCUUUGUUGUUACAGGAUAGAUGGUUAAAGGAAAUUGUUUGAAAUUGUGAAUUUCCUCAUAAUAUAGAGUUCCAGUCUUUGUUAAAAAAUUGUAAUUACUGUAUUUUCUUUUCAAGACAACAAUUAAUUAUUUAUAAGAAGUCUAGUUGUAUUACAUUUCCCAUGAUAAAUAAUAAAAGCUUAUUUGCUUUUU